AUGUUCCGUUUGAGUGGUUUGAAAAGCCUGGCAAGAACUGCUAACCUAGUGAGCAAGCGUACUUAUGCUGAGGCAGCUGGUGAUUUUCUUAAAUUGCAAUUCGCUCUACCACAUGAAACCCUAUACGCCGGUUCUAAAGUCACUCAAGUGAACCUACCUGCUCAAUCGGGAGAGAUUGGUAUUCUUGCUAAUCACGUUCCUACUGUCGAACAACUUGCCCCUGGUGUGGUUGAGGUUUUUGAGGGCGGAUCUUCCAAGAAAUACUUCGUUUCGGGUGGAUUUGCUACAGUUCAACCAGACUCUACACUUUCUAUCACAUCAGUGGAGGCAUUUCCCUUGGAAUCCUUUUCAAAGGAUAGUGUCAGAUCUUUACUAGCUGAGGCAUCUAAAAACACUUCCUCUUCGGAUGAAGAAACUGCUGCUGAGGCCGCCAUCCAAGUCGAGGUUUUAGAGGCAUUGCAAGCAGCUUUGAAAUAA